AUACUUUUAAUGUCACUUACAUAUAAACAUUCCGUUACUUUAUUUUUCCAUUCUUUCACUUCCCAAGCACAUUCCUGAACAAGAAUGACUAUUCAGUAUGUUGUAUGUAAAUAUGCCAUUAGCUAGAACUUUUGUUGUUACUGUUUUCAACAGAAGUCAACUCACCUGCCAGAUCAGACUCAGAAAUCCUGACACAUUCUGCUUUAUUUCUAAAUGAGUUUGUGUUAAAAAAAACAAAACAAACAAACAAAAAAACCCAAAACCAACCAACCAAAAGGAGCUGUGAAAAAGACUUCUUUAGAUUCUGAUUCUUCAUUUUAUCACAAAAUUUUAGAGAUUUUUCAAGGCCACAAGGUCACUUAGAUGUCAAAAAAUAUGUUAGGUAGUUGUGUUUAUUUAUUAUAAUUAGUAUGUCAUUCAUGCAAAUUGACUUAAAAUGUGUAAUCAAGUAUCUACCCAUUUUAACACACUUUUGCUAUGUUCUCCAUGUAUACAUGUAAACUGCAUGCAACUAUCCAGCUAUCUCUCAUCCAUUUGAGGGAAUUACUAAUUUCAUGCAGAGGAGUUCUGUAAAAUAGUAAUCUGUUAUGAGAAGACCUUUGGAUAAAUCUUACUCCUCCUGAGUUCUAGAAUGCUCUCCUGGUGCACAUCAGAUCCUGCAGAGCCCUUACCGAAGUGUGGAAUUUGAUUCUUCCCACCUCCAGCAAUCAGCUAUUCAGGAUUUAAUCUGUGACCAUUCCCUGACUCCAGGAUGGUAUCGCUUCAUGAUUUUUGAUAAACCUGCUGAGAUGCCAACCAAGUGUGUGGAGAUGAAUCACUGUGGGACUCAAGCCCCUGUCUGGCUGUCUCUGAGGGGGUCAGAAUCCAUGCCUCGACCUGGUGAGAUGAAGCAGUUAACAGCUUGUGCUACGUGGCAGUUUUUCUUCAGCACAUCAAGAGACUGCUGUCUUUUCCGAAUCCCCGUCAGGGUGAGGAACUGCGGGGAUUUCUUUGUUUAUUUUCUGCAGCCCACCCAAGGGUGCAUGGGGUAUUGUGCAGAAGUUGUUUCAGAUGCAAUGCCACAGACCUGUGGUCCUGAGGGAAUGGAAAUUGAAGGCAUCUGUAGCAGUAACCUGGCUCCUACAUCAUCUCCAUCUGUGUCACCACCACUUCCAUCCGUUCCUGAAGUUGUAGCAGAGAUGAUCAAAGGCAGCAUCUACCUAAGGUGUACCUUUGGCAUUCCUUUUGCAAACAGCUCUGUUGGAUUCAUUGUAACUUGGUCAAGACUCUCUCCUGAAGGUGUCAAAGAAGAACUUACACAUGAAACAGCAGUUCAUACCUUCUCACUUCUAGAACUUGAUGGGAUAAACGUCAGACUUGGAGACAGAGUCUACUGUAGCAGUUCUUCUUUUUUCAUGGAGAAGCCAGAUAUACAAAGCUCUUCAGUUGAGAGCAAGGAAUUUUUUGCUGGAAUUAAGAUACAUCCAGAAGCAUAUGAUAUAUCAGAAGAUGGGAAGGAAUACAGACUGACAAUAGAAAGUAGCAUUCCUAUUCCUUGUCCUGAAUUUAGCCAACUAAAAAGUGACUGCAAAAUCUCACUAACAUUAAACAGUGUUGAUGAAGGUAAAGAGCAGUUAGGUCUAAACUUGGCUCUUUCUUCUUGUCAUGUGGAUCUUCUCCAGAAAUCCUGCAAUGAUGGAAUCUGUAGUCAAGCUGUAAUUUAUUUCAGUGCUGUGACAGACUUCAUGCAGGAUGGAGACAGGAUUACCAGAAUUGCAGUCAAACCUAUAUCCAGUGAGAAUUUCCUGUGGAAUGGCUAUGUUCCAGAAAGCACACAGAUUACAGUUAAGGAUCUACCCACUGCCUACUGUUACUCAUUUACUGAUCCUCAUAUAAUUACUUUUGAUGGAAGAGUCUAUGACAAUUUUAAAACUGGAACAUUUGUUCUCUAUAAGAGUACAUCUCGAGAUUUUGAAGUUCAUGUUCGCCAGUGGGACUGUGGAAGUCUUCACUACCCAGCAUCCUGCAACUGUGGCUUUGUUGCUAAGGAAGGAAGUGAUAUAAUUGCAUUUGACAUGUGCAGUGGUCAGCUCCAUGAAUCACAGCCACACUUAUCUGUAAUAAACAGAGACACAACAGGAAGCAAUGUCAGAAUCACUGAAUCCUACCUAGGAAGAAAAGUAACAGUUUUGUUUUCUUCUGGAGCUUUCGUUCGUGCUGAUGUGAGUGAAUGGGGAAUGAGCCUAACACUUAGGGCACCCAGUUCAGAUUACAGACAUACAGUGGGACUCUGUGGCACCUUUGAUGGAAAUGCAGAGAAUGACUAUCACACUGCGAGUGGCAUGGAAAUCCCAAACCAUGCUAAUGUUCAUAUUUCUUUUAUUAAGGAAUGGAGAAUUUUACCAGGAGAGAGCUUGUUUGACAAGACACCUGCUUCAUUAACAUCUUCUAGAAAAAUGUUCUUCUGUGACUGUUCACUUGAAGAUACCGGAUUAUAUCAACCAGCAAACAAUCUGGAGACAGUUACUGAGUCAGAACCACCUCUCUCUUGUAAAGAAAGUGAAAAUGGUAGAUUUCUUUCUUUGAUACCAGGACUGGAUGUCACUGCUGAGUAUCUUGGUCCUGCUGAUCUUGUCAGGGGCUUAAAGAAACGUUCAUCUACGCAGGAAAUGGAUUUAUCUACACUUCUGCAGAGGCAGAAUAAUCAAACCAAACUUCACCAAACGUCACUAUUAAACUCACGUCCCUCUGCCAGCUCAGUGGGUAAUACUGGUACUGAAAGAGAAGGAAGUUCAAGCUUAGACAUUAGGAGAAAUUCUCACCAUUACAGCAGUCAUUUUCACAAAACUCAACCUGCUACAAGUAGAGGGAAGCGCCAAAAUUAUUAUGAAUACCAUCCAGUAUUUGUCUUCCAAAGUCUCAGCCAAACAGAUUUAGAGGGAUAUAGUUAUUUUUUCCCAGAGGACCAUGCCACUGACACAGAUGAAAAGCUCCUUCCUUCUUGGCCCACACCUUCAGGCCUUAGUGAAUCUAGUGCUUUGUUCCUGUGCCAGCAGGCAAUAGCUAAUUCCAGCAUAGGCAGGUCCUGUGGUGCCCUCCUUGGCCGGCGAACAGGGGAUGCCAUCGAUAUGUGCGUUAAAGAUUUGCUGCUGAAAGAUGACCUCCGUUGGACAGAAGCUUCCUUAGCUCUGCUGGAGAAUGAAUGUGAGAAAAGAAUUUUAGAAGAAAUAAAUUACAGCCCACAGGAACUUGAAGAGUCAGUUGAGAGCCUGCUUACUGCUUUGAAGUGUCCCAGUCUCUGCAGUGGUAAUGGAGAAUGUACAGAAUGGGGCUGUGCAUGUUUUCAAGGCUACAGCUCAUAUGACUGCAGCAUACUGUCUGACCAGGCUCCAGAAAUUACAGAGCUGGAGAAUGCUGGGCUGUGCGACAUUCGGCAGUAUGACUGCACAUCUGUGAGAGUGUUUGGACAUGGCUUCAGGGACUCAUUGAACCUGAAAUGUGAAAUCAUCAAAUUGCAAUAUAGUGAUAGACAGUGGAUUCCUGGAGAACCUCUAACUAUGCCAGCUGCCUUCCAAAAUGCCAGGACUGUUGACUGCCAGUUACCAAGUGAUGGCCAGCAGUCUGAUGUCAUGGAUAUGAUAGAUGACAAACCCAUUGCCAGAUGGCAAAUAAAGAUUUCUAAUGACGGAUUUGUUUAUAGCAACUCUAAAACAAUGAUAUUAUAUGAUGGAGCCUGUCAGAUAUGUGAACCACAAGAAUUUGGGUUAUGUACAUUAAAGGAGAAAACAUGCAACAUAGAUGGACUCUGUUAUGGUGAAGGAGACACAAAUCCAACCAGCCCUUGCUUACUGUGCAGACCUGACUUAGCCAAGUUAACUUGGUCAGUUGUUGAAAGUAACCAGCCUCCAGUACUUGAAACUUUUCAGGGUAUGCUACAGACAUUUUAUGGAGAAGAUUUUUUGUAUCAGUUUUUGGCUUCAGAUCCAGAAGGCUCUGCUAUUCAUUUCACAUUGGAUUCUGGUCCAGAAGGUGCCAGUCUUUCCCCAUCAGGUCUCCUUUCGUGGAAAGCUCUGUCAAUGAAUGUCCAUAAAUUAACAUUUUCUUUGACAGAUGACUGCAAUGCAACAACCAAGGUAGAAAUAGAGGUCAGUGUAAAAUCAUGUGAUUGCCUAAAUAAUGGCUCAUGUGUGACAAACAUUAAUUUCCCACCUGGAAGUGGAAGAUAUCUUUGUGUGUGUGUGGCUGGAUUUGAAGGUGAUCUCUGUCAAGUGAAUACUGAUGACUGUAAACUUAACCAGUGUGGUAUUGGCAGAUGUGUGGAUGGAAUAAACAGCUAUUACUGUGAAUGUCCACAUGAACUUCAAGGUAAAAAUUGUCAAGAGGAUGUAGAUGAAUGUUCAUCCAGUCCUUGCUUCCCUGGAGUAUUUUGUUUCAAUACUUUUGGUUCUUACUAUUGUGGUCCAUGCCCAAAUAAUCUUCAAGGAGAUGGGAAAAAAUGUCAUGAAAGCUUUGACGACACUGGUGUUGAAAGGAAGGAUUCCACGGGAGAAGUUGGAGAGAAUAAAGGUUUUCAACCAUCAUCCUUUGAGAAGGUUUUAAGCAUGUCAGGUUAUAUUCCCAGUUCUACAGAUGUCCCAAAGAGAUUUAUUUCUACAGAAAUGGUCAGUAGCAGCACACUACCAGCCUCCACAGUAAAAACAAUCACUGCCUGGAAGACACCUGAUUCACAGGCAAGUGCUUCUAUACAACCAGUGGUCACUGGAAACAUUGCUCAUGCUCUAGGCACCAUCAGUGGUCACCUUGCUGGCAUGGAAAACAGUUCUUCGGUACAUGCUGUAAAGGAUGCAUCUUCAAGGAGCCAUGCUGUAUCACCUGAGAAGAAAACAAGGGCACAAGUUGAGGCCUUCAGCUAUUUUGAGAGCAGCAGGAAGACUUCCCCUAGCAGCAGAGCAAGUAUAAGCAAAGGACAUUCUUUGCCAAACAAAGCAUUCAGAAGUGGAAAUGCUCAAAGAGUUCUGCACCUAUUAGCUAAGUAUCAAGCAAGUAAUUUACCUUUUACCCUUGUGGAAGCCACUGUCCCACCAAAAAAGUUUCCUGAAGAAUUGAGUGAAACAGUGAUUCCGAAAGCAGUGACCUGUUCUGAUUUACCCUGUUUUCCUGGCGUACCCUGUGAGCCAAGGCAGGAUGGAAGUGUCAAGUGUGGUCGUUGUCCUUAUGGUUAUUAUGGAGAUGGCUUCACUUGCAGAGCAAGAUGUAGACAACCCUGUGGCAAAAAUAUGGAGUGUGUGGCACCCAAUAUUUGUAAAUGCAAGCCUGGUUAUGCUGGUCAUAACUGUCAGGCUGCUCUAUGCAGACCUGAUUGCAAAAACCAAGGGAAGUGCAUUAAGCCCAACAUCUGUGAGUGUUUACCUGGAUACAGUGGCUCCACCUGUGAGGAAGCACAUUGUAAACCACCGUGUCAAAAUGGAGGCACCUGCUUGGCCAGAAAUCUCUGCACCUGCCCAUAUGGUUUUGUGGGGCCAAGAUGUGAUACAAUGGUUUGCAACAGGCACUGUGAAAAUGGUGGUGAAUGUCUCACUCCGGACACCUGCCAGUGUAAACCUGGCUGGUAUGGACCAACCUGCAGCACAGCAAUGUGUAAUCCUGUGUGUCUCAAUGGUGGUUCCUGUACUAAGCCAGAUGUUUGCCUGUGUCCACAUGGAUUCUUUGGUGCCCACUGUCAGAAUGCUGUCUGCAGCCCUCCUUGUAAGAACGGUGGUCAUUGCAUGAGAAAUAAUGUCUGUACUUGUCCUGAUGGGUACAACGGCAGAAGAUGUGAAAAAAGUGUCUGUGAGCCAAGGUGUAUGAAUGGAGGAAGAUGUGUUGGCCCAAACAUUUGCUCUUGUCCUUCAGGAUGGAGAGGAAAAAGAUGUAACACUCCAAUCUGUCUUCAGGAAUGUAAGAAUGGUGGGGAGUGUAUUGGACCGAGUACCUGUCAUUGUCCUCCACAGUGGGAAGGAUUUCAGUGUCAAACACCUGUGUGCAACCAGAAGUGUCUGUUUGGAGGCAAAUGUGUAUUGCCCAACGUGUGCUCGUGUCGUCCAGGUUAUACUGGAGUCCUCUGUGGGAAGAAAAUUCAGGUACAAAGACAUCAUGGUUGAAGAAGUGUGGCAAUUCAAUUGCAAUGCUGCAUGGAUGUAUGAGACUUGAAAAUAGCAAAAGGGUUGAAGGCAAUUACAGAGUCAUUUAAAUGAAAGGAAUAUUCAGAAGCCUUAUUUUAAAAGAUUAAUAUGAAUCACAAAUGUUGGUGACUUCAAAACAACCAGUUUAUAGUCAUUAAAACAUAUGUAUAUUCCUGUAAUUUUUUACUACCUCAUGUACAAACCCCACAGCCUCUGACGUCUUCACUGAAUUCCCAGAUCAGAUGACUGAGCCCAAAAUUCUGCAGUUUAUUCAACUGGACUAUGGAAUUUCUGUUGAGGGAACAAGACUGUAGCAGCUGUUGGGGGACUCUAGCAAGGAAGGCAGCACUUCUGCACUUGUGAAUGGUACUCUUGUUUACAAACACUGUUUACAUACAUAUCAUUUGGCUGAGGACAGAAGAAAAAGCAGAACUGUUUUUUCUUGUUUUGCAUUUACAUCAGUCUUGUUGUAAUGACAAGCCAGUAGCAAGGAAGGAGGGAAACCAGAACAGAGGCUGGGCUACUGACAAUGAAGGCAAGGCCUCCUGUCCUGGUAACAGUCAGCCAGAUGCAGAAUGACUCUGAUUUAUCUAUGACAUGCCUUUGCAGCUGGAAGCCAGAUCCCAACUUUUCUGUUUGGACUUCAUUUCUUACAGUCACAAAUUUGAAGAGCUAGCUAUGAAUUAUUACUGUGUCUGUAAGAUUUUUAUGCCCCUGAGAUGACAGUCAGUAAUAUGAGGAAACUUUUUUCCCAAGACUCUUAGAGAAUUUAACAAUGCUUUCAGCAAUGCUGAUUCUUAAAAUAGGAACUAAUAAGAGGAGAAAUUUGUUGUACAUCAUGCCAUCCAUACUCACCAUGUCAGAAAGUAUUUGUGAAGACUUCACAGAGGAUUUUUUUACCAUUGCCAAUUGCUCCAAUGAAAUGUUGGCACCUACCAGCUGCCAGAUAGUUUUGGGAAAAAAAAUUCCUACAGAGGACUGUAACUUUCUCCUAGAGCUGUGAAAGACAUUUCAGUUCCUGCUAUAACAAUGUAAUAGGCACAAACAUCCCUUUGGCUAAGCCAUUGAAGUUUAUUGCUUUGGUUUUUUAAGCCAAAAAUAAACAUCAUGAGUUCCGGUUCUCCUGAGCAAUAUUCACUUUAUAUGCACUAAUUUUGAACAGGAAGAAAAUAGAGGUAAUUUUGCCAUUUACUGCCAUUCUGGGAUGCUGAUUACCAAAUCAUAGCUGUUAGCAUUCUGUGCCUAGAUUUCUCCUCACCUUUUGUUAUUUCUUAAGUCAUCUUGCAAAGCAAGCUGGCAUUUUGAGAGCUUAGCAUCAUUCCAGAAUGAUACCUCAUGGAUUUCCAAUUGCCUGACUGGUGUAUUUAAAAAACGUCCAAUUUCCCACUUGCAUUUUAAAUUUCAGUGUUUCCAUAGUUUCUUUCAAUCAAGAAUCCAUAUGGCUGAUAGCCUGAUGAUCUGGGAACUAUUAUAUUACUUAAAACCUACUCCUCUUGAACAUUUCCUGUCUCACAUCUCACAAAGAUGCUGAUGAACAAAAUCUGACUAGCUCUUGGAACUGUUUUGGAUACACAAGGAAAAAGUUUUUAGAGUACAAACACACCAAUAUAACAUAAUCUCUUAUUGUAAUCACUGCUGUUCCAUGUGUCAGUUACAGAGGUACUGUGCAAAAAAGAAAGAUAACAUCUGCUAAUAGUACUUUGCUUAAUGAGUUUGUGCAAUCCUUCACUCACAAAACUUAAUACAUAUAUGUGCAUUUCUAGGAUUUCAGGCUCAAUAAAGGGUUUUUUAUUAUAA